UCGGGCCCCGCUUGUGCGCUUGAAUAGACUAAAGCCAACACCGUGGACUCGCCUACCCAGUCCAUUCUCUUGCUUUCCCACCUUAAUAAAGGAAAAUCCUCGCCACCCUCUCUCCCUCUCUCUGUGUCUCGCUCUCGCUCUCGCUUGAAGUAAAUGACACUUUGUUAGACUCAAUAAUUUUCCUCGCGUUCUUGGCACGAAAUCUGGUCCGUUUCUUUUUUGUUCGCCCCUGAAAGCUUUCGAUAUUCAGCUGUUUUUGCUUAACCGGUGAAAAAUGUUUCUUCGGAGAAGGCCUACACAGAAGGAUGAUUCCGAGCAACGGGAUGCAAAGCAUAACCAUCUCUCCGGGAGGUCUAUGUUGAAUUUGGUUUACAGCUUUAGUAGUCUUUGUUGAUCAAAACACUGAAAAUAAUGAGGAAUACAACCGGACUUUCUCUUGAUGAGGUAAAUAGGUCAGUGAACUCAGGACUGCUAUAGGCCCCCUGUCUGGACGCAGUUCAAAGUACUGCACCGAUGCAUGCCUGAGGAGAUAUUUGGAAGCUCGGAAUUGGAAUGUUGACAAGUCAAAGAAAAUGUUGGAAGAGACAUUAAAGUGGAGAUCAACUUAUAAGCCAGAAGAAAUCCGCUGGCAUGAAGUGGCACAUGAAGGAGAGACUGGAAAAGUUUCCAGGGCUAACUUUCAUGACCGUCAAGGAAGGACUGUGCUUAUAAUGAGGCCUGGAAUGCAGAACACAACAUCAGCAGAAAACCACAUCCGCCAUAUGGUCUAUCUCUUAGAAAAUGGUAUCAUGAACCUCUCUGAGGGCCAGGAACAAAUGUCCUGGUUGAUAGACUUCACUGGAUUUUCAUUAAACACCAAUAUUCCUGUCAGAACAGCUCGUGAUAUCGUUUACAUUCUACAAAGCCACUAUCCAGAGAGGCUGGCCAUUGCUUUCUUGUAUAAUCCACCAAGGAUUUUUCAAGCAUUCUAUAAGGCUGUCAAGUACUUUCUGGAUCCAAAAACAGCUCAAAAGGUGAAGUUUGUUUACCCUAAAAACAAAGAUAGCGUGGAGCUCAUGAAAUCAUUCUUUGAUGUUGAAAACCUUCCCAGUGAAUUUGGGGGAAAAGCCUCACUUAAGUACGAUCAUGAGGAGUUCUCACGGUUGAUGGCUCAGGAUGAUGUGAAAACUGCAAAGUUCUGGGAAAUUGAUGAGAAGCCCUACCACAUUGGCAAUGGGCUUUCAGUGACUGAAGUGGCACCGGAGCCAACACCCAUUGCACAGGCAGCAAGCUGAGAGAGCCUGCCCAUCAUGCAGAAUGGUCUUGGCAGAAAUCAAGUGAUGUAAAAUACAGCCACCGGAUUGAAUCCAACAGAUUAGCUUCAAAUUUAAAUCAACCUAAAUGGGAACUGCAUAUCAAACAUCCAGUUCUUAUGUGAAUAAACGUCAUUUCUUGUUCUCACUGCUAACCAUUAUGAAUGCUACUCUAGUGUUUUUUCUUGGCCCCGCUCCCCUACAAAAGAUUGAAGAUACUGCUAGUUUAUUAGUUGGCAGGAGUAAAUGUGAUCUCUCCAGUCUCGUUUUUUUUUUUUUUGAAAGUUAUGGUCUGUCCAGUCUUUAGUGCCAAAUUAGUCAUUACUUGUCAAAAACAAACAAAGCUGCCCCUUACUCUUGUUUUCAAGCGAAGGUUUCCUUCUACUGCUAAUCUCUCCAAACAAUUCGAAGUUGAAGCUAUUUGUUACUCCAA